CUAGAACGUCCAGUCUGGAACUCAAUCGCCAACCGACGUCCCUAUCAAAUUAUGAAUAUUGAAAACUAUAGGGAAAAGUAUAAACUUGGUGGCUUCUAAUCCAUAUAAGCCUAUUCGCUUGAGAGAAUUUAUGUUUUAUCAUCAAAAUUAAUCUUGAUUGUCUUUCACUGCUGUAAUACACGGUAAAUCGGGACCGAUGCCGAUCCGACUACGGAGUAACGUCUAGAUACAGAGAGCUUGACUCAAGCCCAGUCAAAACAGUCUGAUAUUUUACUCAACUUGCAUCUCCCAGUCACAAAAACUUAUACAUCACAAAUAUGAAGGUCAUAUUGCAGCGUGUCCUGUCGGCGUCCGUCACCGUCGACAAAGAGAUGAUCUCUUCCAUCGGCAAGGGCGUCCUGGCCUUUGCAGCCGUGGCCCCCGGGGACACGGAGAAAGAGGCUGACCUGAUGGCUGCCAAGGUGCUGAGGAUGAAGCUGUGGGAUGACGAGGAGGGCGGCAAGUGGAAGAAGAGUGUCAGCGAUAUUGGCGGCGAGGUUCUCUGCGUGUCGCAGUUUACGUUGCUGGCUAGCACAAAGAAGGGAGCCAAGCCUGACUUCCACGGUGCUGCCAACCCGGAGGAGGCACGUCGGCUAUACCACUACUUCGUGCAGAAGGUCAGGGCGGGUUACAUGGAAGAGAGAGUCAAGGAUGGGCAGUUCCAGGCCAUGAUGGAGGUUGCUCUCGUCAACGACGGGCCGGUUACUCUGGAGUUGAAGAACGGCGCCAAGACGGAGUGAGUGGCUGGCUGCUAUAGAAAUGUGAAAUAUAGGGAGAUAGGCUAUUGAAGAUACCUUAGACAGGACGGGAAGACAAAAGAGAAAGCGAAGGGAUUACAUUAGGUACAUUGACGGAUCUGCUAUAGGUUCGGUAAUAGAGACAUGUUUUGGAGUCAGCCCUGGCGUCUAUAAUCAACAUGAUAUGAUUCUUGAAGAGUUCAGCUUGCCUGGGCCGGCACAUCUUUGAUAUGUGUGGUACAGCAUACAACCUGAAAGGGCGAAUUGUCGACGGGACUGUACCCGAAAGUGCAAUUAUCUUACAACAAACAACAGCCAACACAGCCACUUUCGU